AUGACCGGCAACUUCAACCACCCCACCACCACCGCCGCCGACAACAACAGCCAACACACCGACAACAGCUCGGCAGACUACAGCGCCAACACCAACGAAGCGGCCAACAUCGCGGCCAGGAGGGGCUACGAGGUCAACGAGAAGGUGCUGCAGCGAUGGGAGGCCAAGCGGCGGAGCGCCGAUGGCGGUGGCCAGUUCGCGUGGCGCAUCAGCGCGCCCAAGCAGGCGGGCGAUCGGGAGGAGGUGCGCAUGAAGGCCCUCCAGCUGGCGGCCCUCAACGCCUACAAGGCCGCCACGGCCCCACGGCCCCCGUACUACGUGCCCACCGACCGCACCGCACGCGUCGAGAGGCGCUCCUGA